CAACUGCAUAAACAAAUCCCCCUGGUUUGUUUACCUCUCGGAGAAAGCAAAAGACUCUCUCUGGCUUGUGCGGAGGGACAACUCCAUAGAUAGUUUCAGCUGGGAAUCGAUUUGUGAAAUUGGAUUUGGACAAUGGACGUGAUCAAGACGCAGCAAAUCUCGGCUCGCUCGAUCGAGAAGGUGAUAGUCCACCCCCUGGUGCUCCUGAGCAUCGUCGACCACUACAACAGAGUCGCUCGCGACACCAAGAAACGCGUCGUCGGCGUCUUGCUCGGGAGCACCUUCAAAGGAACCGUCGACGUCUCCAACAGCUACGCAGUUCCUUUUGAGGAAGAUGACAAGGAUCCAAGCAUCUGGUUUCUUGACCACAAUUACCAUGAAGCGAUGUUUUCCAUGUUCAGGAGGAUAAAUGCGAAGGAGCAUGUUGUAGGGUGGUAUAGCACUGGACCAAAGCUACGGGAAAAUGACCUCAAUGUUCAUGGUCUAUUCAAUGAUUAUGUUCCUAAUCCUGUUUUGGUCAUAAUUGAUGUUCAACCUAAAGAGAUGGGAAUUCCAACUAAAGCUUACUAUGCUGUUGAAGAGGUUAAAGAGAAUGCCACACAGAAAAGCCAGAAGGUCUUUGUGCAUGUGCCUUCAGAGAUUGCGGCUCAUGAAGUUGAGGAAAUUGGUGUUGAGCACUUGCUCAGGGACGUGAAGGAUACAACCAUUAGCACCCUUGCAACAGAGGUGACUGGGAAACUUGCAGCCCUGAAGGGGUUGGAUGCCCGACUUCAAGAGAUACGCUGUUAUCUUGACCUUGUUAUUGAUAAAAAGCUUCCUUUAAACCAUGAGAUUCUGUGCCAUUUACAGGAUGUAUUUAACCUACUUCCAAAUCUCAACGUGGCUGAACUAAUCAAAGCUUUUGCCGUGAAAACAAAUGAUAUGAUGUUGGUUAUUUAUCUUUCUUCCCUCAUCCGAAGUGUAGUCGCCCUCCAUAACUUGAUCAACAACAAGAUGCUGAACAAAGAACAUGAAAAGGCAGAAGACUUGAAGCCAGUUGCUGUGCCUGCCGCAGCCGGAAGCUAAGCAGGGAGAUUUUAUCCUCCUUGAAGUUUCAGUCGGAGGUGUUAUAUCCCAGGCGACAGUUGUGCACGGACUUUGGAAUCCUCUACCUCGGACAAUUUCCUACCGUUGUAUUAACUUUUCACAGGAUCGUAGAGUUUUUCGCUCAUACAAACAUGCAGCCCUUUUUUUUUUUUAAUCAAGUUUCGACCUGUGUUUUGUGUGUAAUGCUCAGUUAGUGAUCGCAAAGCUCUUAGCUUAUUAGUUGAAGGCAAGUCUACAUGAACCAAAAUUAGCAUCUGCAGCACAUUCCUCUUUUAUAUACACUGAGAAGUAACUUUCUUGGUCU